ACGUCGCAGCAGUCAGACAGGAACCGGCGGGCAGACGCAGAAUCACCGGCAGACGCUGAAUCACCGGCAGACGCAGAAUCACCGGCAGACGGACACUUUGCUCUGAAUUCAUCGGUCAUCGUCAUUCACAGACUCGCUGCAGGCAGGAUGAACGCGGAGGAGAUGAAGGAUGCUCAGAGCAUCAGCGGCCUGGAUGCAGCUCCGGCCGCUGCGGAUGCUGAUGCCACGGAGGCUGAUGUAAGCGAGGCCGACCUGGACCAGGAGGAGCAGGAGAAGCAGCCGAUGACAGCUGGCAGAGAGGGGCCCGUGGAGGCUCCACCUGAAGGCGGGGAGGAGGUGGGGGCGGAGAAAAAUGGCUCCGUGAAGCUGAAGAUCCUGGAUGAUGCGGAGGAGACGUUCACCGGGCUGAACAAGGAGGAGCUGCUGCGGGUAGCGGGGACUCCUGGCUGGGUGCGGACCCGCUGGACGCUCCUGAUGGUGUUCUGGCUCGGCUGGUUGGGGAUGCUGGUGGGGGCGGUCCUCAUUCUCCUGCAGACUCCUGGAUGCAGAGAUCUGCCCAACACCAGCUGGUGGAACGAAGGCCCCCUGUACCAGAUCGGAAACAUCCAGGCCUUCACUGACACCAAAAACCUGAAAGGUCUGGAGCAGAAGAUGGACAGUUUGUCCCAGCUGAAGGUGAAAGGUUUGGUGGUUGGACCGAUUCAUGUCGCUCCUCCAGACGAAGCCAUGAGUCUGAGGUUUGAGGAGAUUUCAGAUGAUGCUGGAAACCUGGAUCAGUUUAGAGGUGUCCUACAGGCUGCCCACAGCAAAGGCAUUUCUGUGGUUUUGGAUCUGACUCCAAACUACCGGGGAUCAUCUGGACCCUGGUUCUCCAGUAACAGCGUGACUAAUGUAGCAGAGAGGCUGAAGUCGGCCCUGGUGUUCUGGCUGAAUGAAGGCGUGGAUGGAGUCCAGCUCUCCGGAGUGGAGCAGCUGGCCAACGUGGUUCCGUCUCUCUGGGCCGACAUCCGGGCCAUCGUCCAAAACAGCACAGAUAUGGAUCCCAAACGUGGGUCAAAAAGACUCCUGCUCGGCGUCACAGAAAGCUCCUCGGCUGAAUACGUGUCCGCCCUUCUUUCCUCCACUGGAGUGGACCUUCUGAUAUCCAACGUGCUGACAUCAGGUGACCCUGAGCCUUCCCGUUACGCUGACACGAUCCAAACCCUGUACUCUAACGUCAGUCAGGAAAGGCUGACCUGGAACCUGGGGGGUCGAGUUGAGGGUCACCUGGCCUCCUUAGUGACCCAGGCUCAUGUCAGACUCUACCAGCUGCUGCUGAUGACCCUGCCAGGGACACCGGUCUUCAACUAUGGAGAUGAGGUUGGCCUGAUGGACGGGGACUCCAAGUUUCCCAAGAUGCUUUGGGACUUUGAAGAGGAGCUGAAUGGGACUCUGCAGGAGGAUCAGAAAGAGAGGCUGUCGCUUCGCAACUUUUUCUGCUCUGUGAGCGAGCUUCGGGUUAAAGCGCGCUCCCUCCUUUAUGGAGAUUUUUCCCUCCUCUCUAAUUCCUCCUCCUCUUUGGUAUACCUGCGAGUCUGGGAUCAGAACGAUCGUUACCUGGCUGCCUUUAACUGGGGGACGGAGGAGGAGGCAGCAUUGAGGAUGAAGCAUGCAGCCCUGCCUCUCCACGCUACUGUUGCCCUCAGCACCAACGUUAGCACCCUUCCUGUAGGCAGCUCUGUGGACCUGAUGAGUCUGCGGCUCGGUCCAGGACAGGCUGCACUCCUCAAGCUCCCUUACUCUGGAUAGAAGAAAUGUUCACAAAGUUUACAUGUUCUUAAUGUUCAUUGAUUUUAGCGUUAAGUGUUUCUGAGCCCUAAUGAGAAAAA